CAAUAUAUUAAGGAAAUGAUCCAAUCUAUUUGAUCAGUGAUCCCUUUUAAAUUAUACAUGCAGCCAUCGUUAUGGCUUGUUGAAGAUGAAGCACGAUCUUCCUUUUCUCAAUUUUCAGCAAGUUCAGUACAUAUGGCUACUCCUUUCCUCUUGAUUGUUUUCUUUCUUAUUAUAUCACCUCCACCUGCUUCUUCUUCAACUUCAACUAUUCAUGGUGAUUCCAUCACUUUAAACCAAGGAUCAUCUCUCUCCAUUGAUAGGCCAGACCAUGUUCUGAUUUCACCUAAUGCCAUUUUCACUGCCGGCUUUUACCCAGUUGGAGAUAAUGCUUAUUCUUUCGCUAUAUGGUUCACUGAACCCUCUUGUUCUAAUAGUUGUACUGUAGUCUGGAUGGCAAACAGAGAUCUGCCCGUUAAUGGAAGAAACUCAAAGCUUUCUCUGCUUAAAAAUGGAAAUCUCAUAUUGACAGAUGCUGGUAAAUCCGUUGUUUGGGAAUCCAACACUUUCUCUUUCUCUUCAUCUUAUUUACAGCUUUAUGAUAUUGGAAAUCUUGUUCUAAUUACUAGUAGAGAGCGUGUCAUUCUAUGGCAAAGCUUUGCUUCACCUACAGAUACCCUUCUUCCUCUACAGCCACUCACUAGAGACUCUCUUCUAGUUUCCUCAAGAAGAUUGAAAAACUUUUCUUCUGGUUUCUACAAGCUAUUUUUUGAUGAUGACAAUGUUCUUCGUCUUGUUUAUGAUGGUCCUGAAGUCUCAAGUGCUUUCUGGCCAGACCAUUGGCUUUUGAGCCGGGAAGCUGGGAGAUCAUCGUACAACAGCAGCAGAAUCGCUUUACUCGACUCCUUUGGUAAUUUUACUUCAUCAGAUAAUUUCAGUUUCUCUUCUAUGGAUUAUGGACAGCAACUUCAGCGAAGAUUGACCCUUGAUUUUGAUGGUAAUCUUCGAUUAUACAGCAGAGAAAAUGGGAAUGGAAGUUGGGUAGUUUCAUGGCAAGUCUUUUCUCAACCCUGCAAGAUUCAUGGAGCUUGCGGACCUAAUAGUGUGUGUAAAUAUAUUCCUAGCUUUGGUAGGAAAUGUUCUUGCCUUCCAGGAUAUAAAAUUAAAAAUCCAGCUGAUUUGUCUUUAGGCUGCGAACCAGAAGUUUCUAGUGUUGAGACCGAGGCUACCUUCAUUGGAUUACCUCACGUUGAAAUGUACGGCUAUGAUUUUGAUAUCUUUGAGAAUUAUACUCUGGAGAUGUGCAAGGAAGUAUGCCUACGAAGAUAUGAUUGUAAAGGAUUCAUAUUCAAAUUCUUCUACCAGAACCACCCUGACAAUAUUCCUUAUUGUUUUCCAAAGUUACAAUUGCUCAAUGGGUAUAUUGCGCCCAAUUUCAAAGGAGAUUUCUAUUUGAAAGUGCCAAAAAAUCGUCCUUCCAAACACUGGUCAGCUAAAGAACAAAACCUAGAUUGUCCUGCUGGAGCUGUUAAGCAGCUUGACAGAAGGUAUGAUAAAUCAAAUGGAAACUGGUCACUAAAGUUCUUGCUUGGUUUUGUUAUUUCAACUGGGAUAAUUGAGAUUCUUUCCUUGGUUUUGUUGUGGCUUUACUUCACUAGACAGCAAAAGAUAUAUUCAACUUCUGAAGACUACUUUCAUGCUACUGAUUUCAGAAGAUUUAGCUACUCAGAACUUAAAGAAGCAACAAGAAAUUUCAGUGAAGAAAUUGGCAGAGGAGCUACUGGAAUUGUCUAUAAAGGGGUAUUAGAUGAUAAAAGAGUUGCAGCAAUCAAACGAUUAAACAGUGCAAGCCAAGGAGAAGCUGAAUUUCUAGCAGAAGUAAGCACAGUUGGGAAGCUUAAUCACAUGAACUUAAUAGAGAUGUGGGGUUACUGUGCAGACAAAAAGCACAGGCUUUUGGUCUAUGCGAAUAUGGAGGAAGGAUCCUUGGCUAAAAACCUCUCUUCCAUGGAACUUGAUUGGGAAAAGAGGUAUAAAAUCGCAUUGGGGACUGCUAAAGGCCUAGCUUAUUUGCAUGAAGAAUGCUUAGAGUGGGUUCUACAUUGUGACGUAAAGCCACAGAAUAUACUGCUAGAUGCUGAUUACGAGCCUAAGGUAUCAGAUUUUGGUCUAUCUCGGCUACUAAGCAGAGGUCAGCUGCACAAUUCAAGCUUCUCAAAGAUAAGAGGAACAAGAGGUUACAUGGCUCCAGAAUGGAUAUUUAAUCUGCCCAUCACCUCCAAAGUGGAUGUCUACAGCUAUGGCGUGGUGGUGUUAGAGAUGGUCACCGGAAGGAGCCCAUCAAUGGGUGGACGUGUUGCUGAUAAAGGCAGAUUGGUGGAACACGAAAGGUUGGUCGAGUGGGUGAAGGAGAAGAAACAUGGAGCGUUUGCAAAGAGUUGGUGGGUUGAAGAGAUCACUGAUCCUGCCAUUGGAAUGGACUAUAAUAGAAGAAAAUUGGAAGGUCUUGUUGGAGUGGCAUUAAAAUGCGUGGAGGAAUGCAGAGAUGAUAGGCCCACCAUGAGCCAAGUCGUUGAGAUGCUUCUACGGCUCGAAAAUGAUCAUUACCCUAAUUAAUCAAUUAAUAAUAUGGCUUAAUUGCGAAUUCCUUUGCUCAAUGUCUUGUCAUAAUUGAAUUC